AUCGCGCUCCAAGCUCCAAAAGAGCUCCAGCGAGCUUUAUUCCCCGAACCGACCGCACCACCCGCGACACAACAACACAACGCAGCGCCACAAAGUUUUGAUAAUACGCACGAGACGGACGUACGUUCAUUGGCAAUUAGCAAAAAGAAAAAAAUAAAUCACGGCAAAAUGAAGGUUUGCUGUAUUGGGGCUGGCUAUGUGGGCGGUCCGACAUGUGCGGUAAUGGCACUCAAGUGUCCCGAUAUUGUUAUAACCCUUGUGGACAAAAGUUCGGAGCGCAUUGCACAGUGGAACUCGGAUAAAUUGCCCAUUUACGAGCCAGGUCUGGAUGAGGUCGUUAAAAAGUGCCGCAAUGUGAAUCUCUUCUUCUCCACGGACAUCGAAACGGCCAUCAAGGAGGCGGACCUCAUCUUCAUAUCGGUGAACACGCCCACGAAAACGUGCGGCAAUGGCAAGGGACGUGCAGCGGAUCUGAAGUAUGUGGAGAGUGCAGCGCGAAUGAUUGCCGAAAUAGCGCAAUCGAACAAGGUUGUGGUGGAGAAGAGCACGGUGCCGGUGAGGGCGGCGGAGAGCAUUAUGCAUAUACUCAGGGCGAACCAGAAGCCGGGCAUCCACUAUGACAUACUGUCCAAUCCGGAAUUCCUGGCGGAGGGCACGGCCAUCAAUGAUCUGCUGAAUGCCGAUCGGGUGCUGAUCGGUGGCGAGGAGACGCCCGAGGGCCAUGAGGCGGUGGCCAAGCUGUCGUGGAUCUACGAGCACUGGAUACCCAAGCAGAACAUUCUCACAACGAACACCUGGAGCAGCGAACUGUCCAAGCUGGCGGCGAAUGCCUUCCUCGCGCAGCGCAUCUCCAGCAUCAAUUCGCUGUCGGCGGUGUGCGAGGCCACCGGCGCAGACGUCUCGGAGGUGGCUCGGGCCGUCGGCCUGGACUCGCGCAUUGGCUCCAAGUUCCUGCAGGCGUCGGUGGGAUUCGGCGGCAGCUGCUUCCAGAAGGACAUACUGAACUUGAUCUACAUUUGCGAGAAUCUGAAUCUGCCGGAGGUGGCGACCUACUGGCAGCAGGUGAUCGACAUGAAUGACUACCAGAAGCGUCGCUUCUCGCAGAAGAUCAUCGAGAGCCUGUUCAACACGGUGUCGGACAAGCGAAUUGCCAUUUUGGGCUUUGCCUUCAAGAAGAACACGGGCGAUACGCGCGAAACGGCGGCCAUAACCGUGUGCCAGACGCUGCUGGAGGAGGGCGCCAAGCUGGACAUCUACGAUCCCAAGGUGGAGCCCGAGCAGAUCAUCGACGAUCUGACGCAUCCCAGCGUCACGGAAUCCCCGGAGAACGUCAAGAAGGCGGUGCAAAUCCACAGCGACCCAUACAGCGCUGUGCGGGCCACACACGCCCUCGUCAUCUGCACCGAAUGGGAUGAGUUUGUGGACUUGGACUUCCAGCGCAUCUACCAGUCGAUGAUGAAGCCGGCCUAUAUCUUUGACGGGCGCAAGAUUCUCGAUCACGAGCGACUGCACCAGAUCGGCUUUCACGUCCAGACCAUUGGCAAGAAGUAUCAGCGGUCCGGCCUGCUACGCUCCUGGGGCAUUGUGCCGCAGCUGUAGAGACGAACUGUUGGCGGGGACAGUGGCAUUUACACUUAAAGUUUCUCCAGUAUUUACGCGACUAAUUUGUAAAUAUCCCGCAACCGUAACCGUAACCGUAACCCUAUCCGUAUCCGUAUUUGUAUUUGUAUCUAGAUUCGUGUGUGUGUUUUUUAUAUAGUUAAAGUAUUCAAGCUAGGCACGCCCAAAGGACAGGGCGUUUAGCACUCCUUUGAACCGUAUUUGUAUUCCUAUUACCGCGUCGAUACCCCCGCCCCCCCUCACACGAGGAUCGACUCGACAGUUGCAAUAUUAAACCUUACAGCAUAAGCACAUACUGUAUAUGGCUCAUUAAAAACGCAAAGCAUUUACACGAGAGCAUGUAAAUUUUAUAAAAAUAAUAACA